CUCUGAUAAUCGUCUGACAUACUUUCAUUGCUACCAGCCUGUUUUUGGUCAGAUUUGUUUUGUCUCUGGUCAUACGCUUACUGCCUGAAUAAUUUGCAGAUUUUAGUUGCUUCAUGCUACGCACUCAGGCUUUGCUCUGGUCGGUCUGAGGCAAUAUGAGUGGACGGAUAUCAAGAUUGACGCCCGAAUGGGCGGCUCGAAACUCCCUCGUCCCAUUUCUGUAUCAAACACGGACUCUCGCUUCGCCCCAAGGCUUCUUCGCCAGCAAACCGAGACCUUUCCGGCCGCAACAACACCUUUACUUUACGUCGAGCCGGCUCUCGCAGCAGUACGCAUCGAAACCCCACGAUCCUCAAUCCUCAAAACACGAUGUCGAUGAAGACGAGUCUGCUACAGAGCCGAGUCAGUCACCGGAAGCUGUCAGCCGUACAUCCCGGGUACGACGGAAGACCUAUUUGCAGAGACGCGCCGCUUCCCUCGCACAGCCUGAAACACCGACCUGGAUCUCGCCCAAGGCCCGGACAAUGACGCGGGCAGAGAAAAGGAUCUUCGGCGAGCUCUUAGACCAACUAGAUACCGGUCUACCCACCAAGGAUGCGGCGUCGAUUUCCCCCAAUGGUUCUGCGCUGAGCGACAGGGACCGAGCGGAGAUGACGGAAAUCUCUUCCAUAUUCGACGAGGUGCUGAAGGAGAACCGGGCACAUAACUAUAUGGAAUCUCAUAAUGAGAACGAUGACCUAUCUGACCCUACGAGUAAGCGGGCGCUCGAAGAUAUAGCCCCGGAGCAGCAGCCCAAAAAAUGGAGCGAUGGGCCGGCGGAAGUAUCGCGGCUGGACCAGGUGCCCACGAGCGAGGCGGCGCGGUCUGUUGUUCGACGGGAGUUCAGCAAGAUUGAGGCCGCUCUGAAUGAGGCAGUGCGCGACGGGAAAGGCGACAUUGGUAUCAUGGAGGUAUGCAAGGAACGGGUUUUCUCCAUGCUACAGGAUAUCGACCAUGAGACCACCACGGCCGCCGCCGCACCGACCGCCAGCCUUCCGGAGCCGUCAGCGCAAGAAGAAGGAGAAGAAGAAGGAGAAGAAGUAAUCGACAGCAUAACCGAGCCGAAGGAAACAGGAAUGGAGGCGAAAGUGCGGACCACCACCAGCGGACUCGAGGUGCCCUGGAACGUGCCCGUGGAGAUGGUGGUGACGGCACUGUACCCCGAGAUCCUGCUGGCGGUGCUGCGGAGCCUAACGAGCAAUUUCCCCUCGUCGCCGCUGAUCAGCGAGUUCCUGACGACCAUCAAGUCGUACGGACGGACGUCGGCGGUGAUGGGCGCUUCGACGGGGCUGUACAACGAACUGAUCCAGUUCUACUGGCGCAGCUGCGCGGACGUGCCUGCCGUGACGUCGCUGUUGCGCGACAUGGAGGUGAUGGGCGUGGAGCCGGACGAAGCGACGUGUGGCCUGUUGCACUCGAUUGUUGCGCGGCGGCGGCGCGACCUGCACGCUCUGCGCCGCUGGAAGUUCUCGUGGGGGUCACACCCGAACACGGAUGCGUGGUGGGAGAUUGGGCCGACCAAGACGGCCAUGGAGGAGAUUAUGGGCGCAGAUGGCUGGCUGCGACGCUUGCAGGCGCGGGUCCAGGAUCUGGAAGACAAUGCAGAAAUAGACGGAUAGCGGAAGAGUUCCUUAUAAUUUGCAGGGCGAAGGAAGCUCUGCAAGACUAAUCAUAUUUAUUUAAUGUACAUACAAAUACAAAAUACAAUCUUGAAAGAUCUAGGCUCAAAUCUUCAACCCCCAACUCCUUCCCAACCCGAUGGCCGUCGACCCCACGAACCCAAGAUACUGUUUGAACCCGGUGAUCUUUUCAGCGAGGGCGGUACGGUCCUCGAACCGGCGCUGCACAAAGGCCUCGAUGGCGGCAAAGUCAGCAUGCGGCUUCUGCGAGGUCAUGACGAGCUCCGCGCUUGCAUAGACAGCCGCAACGCCUAGCCGAUUGGUGUACCAUGCUGUAUCGACGGCAGAGUCGCCUGCCAGAGUGAGGAUGUCGGAGGAGAGGGCAUGAAGUUCGGAGAGGGACAGGGGGAUAUUUGACGGCAGGGACAUGAGAGCGAGGGC